UAUUCAACAGAGAGGCUUGCACCGAGCUUGUUUUUUGACAGGUAGCCGUAAACGGAAGCGGAAAUUUCCUCCGCUGCUCUCUGGAAAAGCCUCUGAUCCUUCAUCCCGUCCAUCCUCCCAUAAGGGUUUUGUUUAUAGGCCACCAUUAAGAGCACAUGGGCUGAGGUGCCUGUCUGUGUCUGAGAAAAUCCGUCAACAGCCAUUCAUAAAUCUGUUAUUUAGCAGGUCACAGACAAAACUGCCAUCAUGACUCACUCAAUGCUGCGUCGACAAUUGAAGAACCUUGUUCAGAACUUCUCUGAGGCAGAAGUCAAGGUUCGAGAAGCGACCUCUAAUGACCCCUGGGGGCCUUCUAGCUCCCAAAUGGCCGAUAUUUCAGACCUGACGUACAAUGUGGUGGCUUGCAAUGAGAUUUUGACAAUGCUCUGGAAGCGCCUCAGUGAUGACAAAAACUGGAGGCAUGUGUACAAGUCUCUAACCCUCCUUGAAUACCUGCUGAAAACCGGCUCUGAACGCGUUCCCCAGCAAUGUACGGAGAAUCUUCACAUUCUUAAAGUUUUGACAGAAUAUCGCUUCACGGACAAGGAUGGAAAGGACCAGGGGAUAAAUGUGAGAGAAAAGGCAAAGAUUGUAAUGCUACUGGUUGAGGAUGAGGGCAAGCGAAAAGAGGAGAGAGAAUUCGCGAUGAAGACGAAAGACAAGCUGACAAAAGCUCCAACUGCAUCUUCAGCUGCAGGCCCUGAAAAGGAAAAGCCAGAGAUUCCUCCAUACACAGGACUUCCAUCUCUGGACAACAUCCCUUCAGUGGCUGAUCUGACCGCCGCCAUGGCCAAAAAGAAGGAGGAGCAGAGACGCCUGGAGGCCGAAAGGAAAGAGGCAGAGAGACGGGCAAAGGAGGGGGAUACAGAGCCAGAUCUUUGGGAACAAGGAGCCACAGCAGCACCUCCAUCCAGUUCAGACCCCUGGGGAGCUCCAUCUGAUUCUUCAAAUAGUGACCCAUGGGGGGCGCCAUCUAAUGAUGCCAAAGAAUCUAAUUCUAAUGAUCCUUGGGGUGGAUCUGCUGAUGUGAAAAACGGGUCUCCACCUGCCUCCAGUGAUCCAUGGGGAGGAUCGUCCGGCACUGAGAAAGAGUCUCCACCCUUCUCCAAUGAUCCAUGGGGUGACUCUGCUGGAAUUUCUGAGGAUAAACCUACAGCAGCAAAUGAUCCUUGGGGAUCUCCAGACGAAGCACUAAAAGACUCUAAACCAGUAAAGUCGGAUCCCUGGGGGACAUCAGCAGAUAGUGUGCAGGAUUCAGGCAAUGCAGCCUCUGAUCCCUGGGGGGCGCCACUCGAAGCACCACCAGCCAGGUCUGAUGAUCCAUUUGGUGAUGGGGUGAAAGCAGAUAAUGACCCUUGGGGCACAGCAGUAUCUUCACCCCCAACCGCAAAUGACCCUUGGGGAACUCCAUCAGCUCCAUCAGAUGCUAUGACAACCAGUGACCCUUUUGGAGAUGGAGGCACAUCAGAUCCCUGGGGAGCUCCUUCUGGGAACAAUACAAACGGAACAGGUGAAACUUUUGAGGAGACCAAAAAGCCAGCAUCCUUUCUUGGUGAAGGUGCUUCGUUGGUGGACUUGGACUCUCUUAUGUCAGUCAAGCCCAAACCCAAACUGCCCCCCCUCAAUGCCAUCUCCACCUCUACUCAAAAAGCCCAGGGUAAGGAGGGCUGAGAAAGAGAAAGCGAGAGAGAGAGACUUUGAGAAUAAGAUUGACUGAAAAGAGAGAGAGAGAAUUGCUGUAUAUUAUCUGUUUACUUUUGAGUGUUUGUGAUCCAGUGUUUUUUAACGGUAUAGAGUUCAUAUAGUCAUGUGCAUAGCAUAUCCUGUAUGUAGUUGAUGUAAACUCCAUCUCAGCUGGUUUUUAUUCUUUUUUUAUCCCCACUUAUGCUAUAUUCUUCUCUGGUCCCCCCUUCCCCAUCAUCCAUUUUGGUUUGUAUGAUUUCCACUUUCAUCAUUCCCAGGUAUUUUGACGGCUACAUGCAUGACCAUGCCAUUGGCUGGCAACAUGUCCAAUGCAUGCAGUUCUGCUACGUGGCAUUCCAACACGAAUCAUUUUGGUUUUGGCCCCAUGACCUCUAAUUACAGUGCCCUCUCACCAGCACCUCAAAACACGGCCUUCAGGAUGCCUAUCCCCCAAAAUGCUUUUGCAACCCAGAGUACAAGCGUUUUAGGUUCAUCAAUGCCCAACAUGAGUUUUACCACAGUUAACACUAGAAUGGUUCAGCCUAGCGCUGGAGAAAUGGUUCAUUCACCACCUGGAAUUCCUCAGAAAGCUUCUUUGGUUUCAGGCACUGGAAUUGGAAAGGGGAAUAAUAACUUUUUUUAAGUUCUCCGAUCAUCUUAUGCUCCCCCUUCAUCAGACCCAAUUUAUUGUGUGCGUGUAUAAGUGUGUGCAAAUAUUUAAAUGUCAUUGAGCAACAAUAUAAUGUUAGACUUUCUUUUAUGGAGAACAGCAUGCAGAUUCAAACCUUUUUGACCUGUUGGACAAGGAGAUUGGUGCAAGCAGUUUUAAUAUAUUUGUAUAUUAAAACAUUCAUAUAGAAUCCUUUUAACAUGGCUUAUUUGGCUAGUUAGUUGAAUAAGAGAUAUUCUGAUUAGCUUGUCACCAAACAGGUUUUGAAAAGUUGGAUAUGUUGUUCUGAUAAAUAUAAGAGAUGAGUAAAAAACCCCUUGUUUAUUCUUAAACUUAACCAGAUAAAAAUGCAAUAUUUGAUGAAUUGCACGCAGGUGUGCUUUAAUCAGCAUUAAAUAUAUAUGCAUUACCUUCAAAGAUUUCCAUAUGCAGCCUUCUGUAGAACAUAUAGUUUUAGGCAUAUUGGAGAUGGGUUUUGUAGUAAUUAUUAUGAUGAUAGAUGUUCUGAGUAAAUGGUUUGGUUUUGUUUAUUUUUUCCGUGGUCAAUAUCAAAACAAAUCUACUUGCAGAAUUCAGAAGUGACGUUCAUGCACUUUUUUUAUUUGAUUCUUUGGUUUAAUUUAAUAACAUUUAAGAUGUUCAAGCGAAGGAAAUUGAGAAAGAAAGAUAUUGAAAUUUUGAUUAAAAUCAUUCUUAUUCUGUAUAAGAUAAUUUAAGAUGAUUUUUAGCUUACAUCGAAUACUUUUGAUUUCUGAUUGUUGAAAAUAUAUUUAUUUUUAAUAGUGUAUUAUUUAUGUAUUCUAUUUAUUUAUUUAUUUAUGCUAAUUUAAUUGUUAUGGAAAUUACAAUGAAACCUACAUUCCAGAAGACAACACUUUUUUUCAUUAGUAUGAUAAAGUUUUUCUCAUUUUAGCUGUUGUAAUUUUAUUUUAUUACAAAUAAAUAUAUUUAUUCUACCAUCUAUGGUAAAGCUAUGGUGUUAGCUGUGAAAGUGCACAAUUUAAAAAAUAAAGUGAUAAAAUCUU